ACUGGUAAAAGCCUUUCACGUGUACAGUGUUUGCAGACAACAGGUGUUGAUAAGCCAUAUUCAGCUUCAUUCACGACAUGUUGUCGUUUAUAUAUGGCUAAUGUGAAUUUCUUCUUGACGAAAACGACAACUUAAAAGUACUUUCUUUUCGGAAUCGAAAAGGAGACAAAAGGUAUUUUUUUCAACGUUUACCGAAGACCACCAUGGGCUGUGCUACAAGUCAACGGAAGAUAAAGCCAGAUACAAACGCAAACGAUAUAUGCGAGGGGGACAAAGGUAUGACCAAGGUAACAUUACGCGGUGACGUCACACAGUGUCUGGCGGCUCGCGAAGAGAGGCUUAGACGGGUCCGAGAGAAGCAGGGCAGGAUGCUUGGAGCUGCUGAGGCUAUGUCCGCCAGGGUGAUGGAUGACCACGAGCGCCUUUCUCUUAGCACGCGGGCUACAUCACGAGCGACGUCACGGAAUACGUCAGGCACAACAUCCCCAACUAACCAACCAGCAAUCAAGCACGUCAAAUUUGCGGAUAAGGGAGCAAUGUUGUCAAGAGGAGACAGUUUUUCGAAACAGUGGUUUUCCGGCGGUAGAGACGGCUUUAAGGAGAUUAAAGACUACCAUUACUUUGGAAGUCGGAAAAGAAUGGCCUCCCCAGAAGAUCCCUCCACUCAGAACAUUGCAUGCAAGUCAGUCCUGAAAACUCCAACGAUUGUCUUUCCCACGUGGUCACCAAGAGAUGGAACUGAAAUGGACAAAUUGUCCAGAGCCGUUGCAGUUAUAUGACAAAGAAGCUUAAUGGAUCACAUAGUGUUUAUGGGAAUAUAUUUUUCUGCGCAUGUCAGGUUAGCUGCGAUUGUCACUCUCCAGUGUCCAGGGCUAAGGGACAAUAUCUGCAAUUAUUACCUGCUUUCGGUCGAAAGGAAGUGACAAUAUCUGAUUGCAUGGUCGGCAAUUAGUACAAUUGGGUCAGGCGAUCGAUUGAGAGUGAUAAUAUCUGCAAUUAUCUCGACUCUCGAUAGAUGUUGAUAUUGUGUAAGCAUUUGAUGUCGGUUGUAUGCAGAAUGAAGUCUCCUCUCCAUAUCAUAUAUGUAUACAUAUAAAUAGCGAGAGCGAGAGAGACUGAUAUUUCAGAAAUUCAUGUCGGCUCUAUGGGCAGAUAGAAAGUGACAAUAUCAGCAAUUAAUGUCGCCUCUGUAGACAUGCAGAUAGAAAGUGGCAAUAUCAGCAAUUAAUGCCCGCUCUAUAGGUAUGGAGAUAGAAAAUGACAAUAUUAGCAAUUAAUGUGGGCUCUGCAGAUAAAAAAGAGACAAUAUCGGCAAUUUAUGUCCGCUCUGUAGACAUGCAGAUAGAAAGUGGCAAUAUUAGCAAUUAAUGUGGGCUCUGCAGAUAAAAAAAGAGACAAUAUCGGCAAUUUAUGUCCGCUCUGUAGACAUGCAGAUAGAAAGUGGCAAUAUCAGCAAUUAAUGUCCGCUCUAUAGGCAUGCAGAUAGAAAAUGACAAUAUUAGCAAUUAAUGUGGGCUCUGCAGAUAAAAAAAGAGACAAUAUCGGCAAUUUAUGUCCGCUCUGUAGACAUGCAGAUAGAAAGUGGCAAUAUCAGCAAUUAAUGUCCGCUCUAUAGGCAUGCAGAUAGAAAAUGACAAUAUUAGCAAUUAAUGUCGGUCUUCCUUCGCUUGAGAUUGAGAGCAUCUCAACUGAGGAGAAUGAAAUACCCGUUGCGUCUUCCUUGUUUCUUUUGACGAAAGAAUUUCUGCAUUCAUAUUUGAGUUACUCUUUAGAAAAAAUUCCCUAAAAAGUCGAGAAAAAAAUCAGAACACAGAAAGCUUAAAUGUGACAAGAUAAUACACACCCCAAAUGGAAUUUAAAUGCAUUGUUGGUAAAUAAAAUUUUGAAAUGUAAAAUUCACAGGAGAAAAUUUAUAAUUGCUUCCAUUGUGUUUAUGUGUUUACUUAAACUGACCCUGACCCUUAGGUUAUCGCAUGAAUAUUGCACUGUGAAUAACGAUACUGAAAUCGGUAUGUACACAAAAAACACUUGUGUUGCACCAUAUGAACACAAACUUAUGUUCUUUCCAGUAAGUCUCGUGUAAUGUUUAAACAAAUCUACCUUG